GGGUCGGUCAGCAGAGAGACUCCAGCGCUCCGUGAUUUCAAGCAGCGAAAGUCCGCACUGUUCUUCAGUCAGAGCAGAAAGCAGUAACCUCGUUUCCGAGAGAUUUCUGUUUUAUUUCUUUGGAUAUUUUCAAAUAUUUCAGCGGAGUCUGCUCACUCGUUUUUUGGAUGUGUAAAUGUGGAUCUCUUUACGCACUUUAAGUUGGCUCUUCGUCUACGCUUUCUCCUCAUUUGCUCAACUCCCGAGUGUGUUUGCGGAGAGCAGGGGGUGACAAAAGGCUUUUAAACGGAGGGGGUUAAUGUAGCGGAGGGGUGCAGACACCACACAGCGAGGUGAGACUGGGGUGUUUUCGUGGCAAAGCUGUGGAGUUGGAGUUGUUUGAGAAAUUCUGCAAUGAGGAAAACGUAUUUUAAAACCCGCACCACCACAACCAGCACCGAGGUCAGGGCUAUGGCUUCCCUCCGCCGCAGUUUGUAAGAAGGAAGAUCUGUGUGCACUGUAAGUGUCGCCGUGAGGAGCAUGCUGUGACAGCCAUGCCUGUAGAGAUGGAGAAGACGGUGACCAAGCUGAUGUACGACUUCCAGAGGAACUCCACCUCGGACGACGACUCAGGCUGUGCCCUUGAGGAGUACGCCUGGGUCCCACCGGGACUCAAACCUGAGCAGGUUCAUCAGUACUACAGCUCCCUGCCUGAGGACAAGGUGCCCUAUGUGAACAGCCCUGGAGAGAAAUACCGCAUCAAACAGCUGCUCCAUCAACUCCCGCCCCACGACAAUGAGGUACGCUACUGUAAUGGUCUGGACGACGAGGAGAAGAGAGAACUGAAGCUGUUCAGUAACCAACGGAAACGGGAGAAUCUGGGCCGUGGCAAUGUCCGACCGUUCCCCGUGACGAUGACGGGGGCGAUCUGCGAACAGUGCGGAGGCCAGAUAAAUGGCGGCGACAUUGCUGUAUUUGCAACACGGGCUGGUCACAGUGUGUGUUGGCACCCAGCCUGCUUCGUGUGCAGCAUGUGCAACGAGCUCCUGGUGGACCUCAUCUACUUCUACCAGGACGGGAAGAUCUACUGCGGGCGGCACCAUGCUGAGAGGCUGAAGCCACGCUGCACCGCCUGUGAUGAGAUCAUCCUUGCAGAUGAGUGCACCGAAGCAGAGGGGCGUCACUGGCACAUGAAGCACUUCUGCUGUUUCGAGUGCGAGACUGUGCUGGGGGGCCAGCGCUACAUCAUGAAGGAAGGACGGCCCUACUGCUGCUCCUGCUUCGAGUCACUCUACGCAGAGUACUGCGACUCCUGUGGGGAGCACAUUGGCAUUGACCAGGGCCAGAUGACUUAUGAUGGGCAGCACUGGCACGCCAUAGAGGGAUGUUUCUGCUGUGCCCGCUGCAAAUGCUCUCUGCUGGGUCGACCUUUCCUGCCCAAGCAGGGCCAAAUCUUCUGCUCCCGCUCCUGCAGCCUGGGGGAGGAGCCCAAUGGCUCUGACUCCUCUGAUUCGGCCUUCCAAAGCGCUCGCUCCACCAGAGAGUCGAGACACAGCUCCAAGGCAGCGAAGAGUGGAGGGGGAGAGCAGAAUGAGAGGUUUUCAGGGGAGGUGGACCCACUGUCUUUACAAAUGGAUCUCCUGAGUCUCUCCAGCCAAACACCCAGUUUGACUCGUGAGCCACCUGCAUGGCAGAGCCAAGAGCAGGCACGUGACAUCUAUAACUAUGAGUCCCAAUCAGACGGGACUGCAAACCCCACCCCCCUCCAGCUGCUCAGCCAGUGCAAUGUCAGAACUGCCUAUAACCCCACCUGCUCUGGACAGAGUAAUCAACAGCAGGAUCACAGGAUCAAGGAGAACAGGAUUUUAAAGAGACCAACCAUCUCAGCCAUGAAAGGCCAAUCUAUGAAUGAGAUGUGGUUCCAACAGCCGGUUCCAGAGGAUUACUAUCCACCUAAGCUGAGGACCCAGAAGAGCUUCACAGAGAUGUCCCAAUGUUCUCAGCACCACAAUGGCUUUUCCUCUGACAAGCGUUCGAUCAGUUUGCACGGCUUUCAGAGGGACAGAGAGGUGGGGCCUCCAGCUGCAACCCAGGUGGCAAGGAGCAGGAACCCCAUCAAUGCACUUAACUUCUCAGAACAACUGACGCCUUUGGAGCAGACCCCAAGGGGGUCCAUGGAGUCGCUGGCCAUGUCCAAUGCUACAGGCCACUCUGCCGAUGGAGGAGGAAAGCGUCAGGAGCAUCUUUCCCGCUUCUCCAUGCCAGACCUGAGCAAAGACUCUGGAAUGAACGUGUCGGAGAAAAGUAACAUGGGCACCCUCAACUCUUCAGCGCAGUUUCGAAGCUCUGGCUCUAUUCACAGCCUCACAGCCGGUCAGCCCUACAUGGAAAUGAAUCCUCCCAGGUCAGCCCCGUACCAGUUGCAGUACUGUGACCCCUCUGGCAUGGGGAUGGGCAUGAGUCAUUUACCGCCCGGUUUCACCUUCCAGGAGGAGGACAGGGUGAGUUUGGUGAGCAGUGCCAACGCUGCCCGCCUAUCACCCAUCAGUGAGCGCAGGGUGGGUGGUGUCAGUGUCGCUGGAAGUGGAAGGGGUGCCGGUGUCAGGAUAGAUGCACCAGAGGACACUCCCCAGAGGCGCCGGCACCACCACCGCUCCCGGAGAUCUCGUCGGUCUCGUUCAGAAAACGCUCUCAAUUUGGUGGCAGAGCGAAGAGUGAGACCUCAGGAAAGACCACAGUUGUGUGUCCGUGAGGAUUACGACCGUUUCCCGCCGCCCAGGAGCGCCAGGGACCAGUUCGGGGGUGGAGGCGGAGGCGGAGGCGGAGGCGGAGGCGGAGGCGGAGGCGGAGGCGGAGGCGGAGGCGGAGGCGGAGGCGGAGGCGGAGGCGGGGCGGGAAGAUACCAGCCCCAACCUUUCAGGCCAUGCCCCAGGACCACUUCAGACCUGACUCUUCAGAACCCUGGGGCCGGCCGGCGCACUGGCUUAAACCAAUACUCCUGGGAUGAUUACGAUGAUGACGGCUGGUGCUCCACUUGCUCCUCAUCCUCAGAAUCAGAGGAUGAAGGGUACUUUCUGGGCGAGCCGAUCCCCAGACCAAUCCAGAUGCGUUACCUCAGCAACCAGGAGCUUGUCCAUAAGUACAACAACACAGGGAUCGGAGCACCCAGCCACAGCGGGCAGUUACACACCCGCAAACGCAGAAAGAGCAAGAACUGCAUUAUCUCCUAACAUCCUGUCGUCCAGCAACGGAAAUGACUCUUUGUCCAGCGUGUGUACACGAACAUCUUCCAUCUGGAACAAAAAAAAUAAAUGAAACUAAAGGUCCAUUUAUUCAGUGUUGUUGAGUGUUGAAUAUCAAGUAAUAGAGAGUUAGUGAUGAAUAUCAGUCGGUAAAACAGUGAAAAAGCAUGCAUGUUUGUUCAUUUCAAUGUUUCAGAAAAUCUCCUGAGUAUUAAGGCUAACAAUGCGCAUUUCUAUCAAGUCACAACAUUUAUCAAACGCUGAUGUGCAAUUUUAUUUUACUCAUAACUUCAAUUCCAUGCAGCAAACAAGUGUGCAAGGUAGUCAGAUUGGUAAAGUUGAGCUUUUUCAUGCAAUGUGAUUUGGAUAUACUGUACUAUUGUAUUUAGUUCAUAGUAUGUACAUAGAUAAUUGAAUUAAUAAUUUCACUUAAGUUAAGGAAUUCCAUGUAAAUAUGGUUGUAAAUGAGGCCUCACAUAUUUUUAUAUUUUGUAUUGAUAGAAUCAUUUAUGUAUUAAAUAUCUAUAAUGUAGAGAUAGAAAAUGACAACAUAUGCAUGUUUUAUUUGGCUGACCUGGUCCUGCAUUUGGAAUAAAGGAGUAUUUCAGUGAGUGUUUUGAUUGACA